CAAAACUAUACUAUAAUUAUACCAUCUAUCUUUAAAUUAGUGAUCUCUGUCUCUGUCUAUCUUUACAAUCACACUACUGAUUUUUUUUAUCAGGAACUCACUGUCUGUCAAACUACGAAAAAAAAAUAUACUGAACCAAAAUAAAAGAAAGAAAGAAAGCCUACUUUGAAUAUUUUUCAAACCCAUUAUAAUCAGGAUAUUGCAACUGUUUUACUUAAAACAGAUAUUUCAUCCUUUUAUACCCCUUUCAUUGCAUCUCAUUCAUCUUUACCUCAUAUCAAAUCCAUUUUAUUCGUCAUUAUUCAUCUUUAUUCCCCCUUCCCGCCAUUGUUUUCCACUGUUUAAUACCUAAUUUUGCAUUUAUCAUCACAUAAUCUUCAUACCUAUCAUAUAAUCUUUCCUAUCUUUCAUACCAUCCUUAUUAAUAUUAUCUUGUUGAUCGAUCACAUUCCUCAUAUACCCAGCACAUAUCCUUUAUAGAAAUCAUUUCCCCUAUCAUGUCAUCAUCUCGAAAGACGAUUCCUGGUGCUCUACCUACACCUCCGAUCACUGAUUUUAAAAAUGGAUCAAAUGGUAAUACUCAUACAAAUGGUGAUCAUAUCAUCAAUCAUAAUCAUGGAAAUCAUUCCACUUAUCAUUCUCAUAACACUAAUGAUCAUAAAUUCAUCGCAUCUUUCAAUAAUUAUAGUGUCAUACCUUCAUGUACUCAUUUAAAUUCAGUAUUAGAAACUAAAGCAAAGGAAACUCUUUUAAUAACUUAUAAACAAGCAGUUACAUUAUCUAAACCUAUUCAAGAUUCAAAUUCAUAUUUCACCAAGAAAGAUGGAUCAAAAAUAUCUAAUGCCCAAUUAAUUAAUAAACGAAUUCAAGCUUUAAAAUGUUCAGAUUGUUUAAAUCAUAAUUUUCAAAAUUCUUUUAUGUGUUUACAAUGUCCUCAUGUUGGAUGUUGUUUUAAUAAUCAAUCUCAAUUUCAAAUUCAUAAUCAUAAUCAUGCAUAUUCUCAUUAUAAAUUAAGUUCUCAUACUUUUGCUAUUGAUUCUUGUAAUGGAUUAUUAUAUUGUUUCCAAUGUGGGAAUUAUAUAAAUCAUCCUCAAUUAGAUAAAAUUAGAAAAGAUAUUUAUUUGAAUAAAGUAGAAGAAGAAAGUGAAGAAGAAGAAGAAGAAGAUGAUGAUGAUGAAGAGUUGGAUAGUGAUGAUAAUAAUGAUAAUUAUAAUGCUCCCAAUACUAUGGCUAUUACUGGUUUAAAAGGAUUUGUAAAUUUAGGAGCAACUUGUUUUAUGAGUUCAAUUUUACAAACUUUUAUUCAUAAUCCAAUCUUAAAAUAUCAAUUUUUUAAUAAUGAUUUACAUUAUUUUAAUUGUGAAAAGAGACAUUAUGUAAAUCCGGAUGAAGAUAUAAUGAUUGAUGAAAAUAAUGCAUGUAUAACUUGUAGUAUUGAUAAUAUAUUUCAAUUAUUUUAUACAUCAAGCUCAAAUGAAGGUUAUGGUAUGACUAAUUUAUUAGCUACAGCAUGGUAUAAAAAUAAAUCAUUAGCAGGAUUUCAAGAACAAGAUGCUCAUGAAUUUUGGCAAUUUAUAUUAAAUGAAUUUCAUUCUGAUUAUGAACGAGUUUUAAAGAAUUCAAUGGAAUCAGAUCAGAUAGAUGAUAGUGGACCUUUACAAUUAAAUCAUGAUAAUUGUCAUUGUGUUACUCAUUCUACAUUUUCAGGUGAAUUACAAAGUUCAAUUAAAUGUUUAUCAUGUGAGACUAUCACUACUACUAUUGAUCCCAUGGUUGAUUUAUCCUUAGAAAUUAAUCAUUUAAAGAAUUCAAUUCAUUCACAACAAGAAAUUGAUCUUUAUGAUUGUUUAGAUUUAUUUACAACUGAAGAAAAAUUAGAUGUUAAAUAUAGUUGUCGAUCAUGUGGUGAUAAAACUCGAGCUAUAAAAUCAUUAAAAUUAAGAACCUUACCUCCAAUCUUAUCAAUUCAAUUAAAACGAUUUAAACAUAAUUCAUCAAAUGAUACAUCAUCAAAAAUUGAAGAUUCAGUUCAAAUUCCCUUAUAUUUAAAUAUGAAUAAAUAUUGUGUGUCACAAAAUGAAAAUGAAGAUAAAUUUUAUGAAUUAUUUGCCUUAGUGUGUCAUAUUGGAUCCGUUAAUACAGGUCAUUAUAUUGUGUUGAUUAAAAAUAGACAAGGAGAAUGGUUUAAAUUUGAUGAUAGUAUUAUAUCAAUGAUAAGUCCUGAAGAAGUUAAAAAUACCAAUGCAUAUUUAUUAUUUUAUAUAACUCGUAAAAUUUAGUACUAAAUAGCAGUAUAUAUAAAAUAAUAUAA